AGAGAAUCCUUUUCUUUAACCCUUCUGGAUUUCUCCCCCUCUCGAUCCCCACUUUCAGUUUACUCUCUCUCUCUCUCUCUCUCUCUCUCUCUCUCUGAUCAAGAGAAUUCAAGAUGUGGCCUUUGCCAUGAGAAGGGUGUUGUCCGCUCCAUAAAUUAGAGGAAAAGCCAACAACAUAGGGUUAUCCCUCAAGACUCAAAUGCUGGUGGAAUUACCCAAAUUAUACGUAACAUAUACUGCAAAACUUUUCUAUGGCUUCUGAAUUAGAAGCACUAUCUACCAAUGAAAGCCUGGACUACAUAGUCUAUGACACUAUCUCCGCAGACCCUACUUUCCUGCCGGAAAACAGCCUCAAGAAGCCUCGGGAACUAGGCUGCGGCGCCUCGAACAGCAGCUCUUGCAUGAUGCGGCGGUGCCGCCAAGUGGGGAGCCCGGAAGUUUCCAAGAAGCGGCAGAACGCGGCGGCGCAAGGACGGAAGAAGCGGCGGCGGAGGCCGAAAAUCUGCAAGAACAAGGAGGAAGCGGAGACACAAAGGAUGACACACAUUGUGGUGGAGCGCAACCGCCGUAGACAGAUGAACGAGCAUCUCGCCGUCGUACGGUCUCUCAUGCCCGAAUCUUACGUCCAAAGGGGUGACCAGGCUUCUAUUGUGGGUGGUGCCAUUGACUACGUGAAGGAACUUGAGCACUUCCUCCAGUCUCUGGAAGCUCAAAAACUUCUACUGCCACAACAAGGAGGAAUCCGGCCACCAACCACCACUGCCGCCGCAGAAUUCUUAGAAGCCCCUUUUGCCCAAUUUUUCGCAUGCCCUCAAUUCACAUGGUCUCAAUUUCCCAACAAGUGCUUAUCUCAGAGUGCCGCGGCGGUGGCAGAUAUUGAGGUGACUCUGAUUGAAACCCACGCAAACCUUAGGAUCCUCUGCCGGAGAAAUCUAAGGCAGCUAUCAAAAUUGGUCGCCGGAUUUCAGACAAUGUACCUCACAAUACUUCAUCUCAAUGUGACCACCUUGGAGCCAUUGGUCCUCUACUCCAUCAGUGCCAAGGUGGAAGAAGUAUGCCAACUCACUUCACCAGAUGAGAUAGCAGGUGCAGUUCACCACAUGCUCAGAAUUAUUGAAGAGGAAGGAACCUGAUCCCAGAUUCCCAAUGUUGACUGCCAACACACCCAAUUUACCCUUGUAGUUGCACUGGAAUCACCAAAAUGCCACCCAACUUUCCAUGACCCAAAGAGGGUUUAUGGGGUUCCUCCACGACCUAUGAUAUCCAACGUUGUAAUAUGGUAAAGGUGAACAUAUAUAACAAUUAUCUUCUUCUUCUUCUUUUUUGUUAUUCGUUAAACCUAAUCUAUUCUAUCCUUGAGGAUUUGGAGAUGAGUGCUUACGAGAAUCGAACCCAACCCAUAUGCAUGAGACUAAUAAGAGAUGCACCAACUGCACUUGAUGCAAAAUCAAAAGAUUAUAUUUUUUUUAAAAAUAAGAAUAUUAAGGUUUCCUUAUUUUUAUUUUAGUUAUUUUGUUAGGAGUCUUGCAAUUAUAGAAAUAAGUGUUCUACAUUAUUUAGUUUUAAUUUAUUUUAUUUAGUUUCCUUUUUCUUUAUUUCCUAGUGCGUAGGGUUUCUCCUACUAUAAAUUGAGUUGUAAGCCUUAGGGCUAUUUAGUUUUUUUUUAUGAUUAAAAAAAUUAUAAAGAGUGUUCGCUUUUAUGCCAACUUUUGGAUAUUCUGUGUGAAUCAACCAAUUGUUGUUGCCUUUAUUCCUAGGUAUUCUCAGACUAAACAUGUUGAAAAGUUAUCACGAUCUUAUCCCCCGAUCUCUUUUUUUAACACGCUUCCCAGCAUCAGCAUCCACUCCACUUCACCCCACUUGAGGAGAUUUGGUAAACUGGAAUAGAGAUUUUGGUGAAGUUUCGUUUUUAUUCCAGUCAAUGCUAACUUUUGCUGACUUUUACAAGAAACCAAAAACCAGAGCUUUCUGCUCGAAUUCUUCAACCGAGAAGUGGUGAAAAUUGUUUUUUUUUUUUUUGAACGGCAAAAGAAAAUUUUUAGUAACUCUGAUAAACACGCCAUUUCCCUUUUGUCAAAUCUAAUUUGACCUAAAGGCAACUGGAUUUGGAGGCCUGUUCAAAGAUGCUAAAGGCGAUUGGAUUUUGGGAUUCUUUGGAAAGCUUAACUGCGAAUCUAGCCUUGAAGCGGAACUUUGGGGGAUAUACAAAGGACUGCAAAUCAUUUUGGAGAAAAGUUUGCGGAAUGUCCAGAUCGAGUCAGAUGCUAUGCUGGCGGUGAAUCUAAUCAAAGAUGGCAAUCCGAGCAAUCACACGCAGAGUGUUAUCAUUCACGAAGCGCAUGGCCUCCUCACUCGUACGGAUACGACGCUGAAUCACAUCUACCGCGAUGCUAAUCAGUGCGCGGACCACCUCGCCCACAUGGGAGCAGAGCAAGACGAAGACCUGAUCAUAGCGGUGGACAUCCCCAUCUCCCUCAGGGAAUUCCUUAUCAGAGACGGCCUAAAUGUUAGGCGGAUUUCAGAUUAGAUGUUUUGGUCCUUUAGGCCAGUUUGAGUAUCCUGUUUAUCUCUCCUGUUGUGAACUUGCGUUUCUAGUCUUUGAAUGAAAUUCCGACGUACCAAAAUAAAAAAAAAAAUCUAAUUUGACCUAA